CUCAGAUGUGUUCAAGGUCGGACAGGCGGUUGGUAUUUUGAAAUGUCGGUCCGAAGGUGUAGGGCCGUAAAAUCAUCUGGGUACAGCCUGGCACAACCGAUAGAUCCCGGAACGCUAAUACAGGACUCAUUAAAAAGGAGAUGGGUCACGGGUUCUGCGAUUGGUCAGGGUGGAUUUGGACGUAUAUACUCAGCCAAACUUGAAGGCGAAAAAAAUUUUCGCUAUGUCAUUAAAAUAGAACCGCAAGAAAACGGGCCACUUUUUACGGAAAUGCACUUUUACAUGAGGGCAUGUUCAGAAGACUCAAUCAAUUCAUGGAAAGUAAAACACUCCCUCAAAUACCUUGGUAUUCCGAGGUAUAUAAGCAGUGGAUCAAUCAAUUUAAACAAGGCAGCUCUCCGAUUUCUUGUAAUGGAUCGGUUUUCUGGAGAUUUGGAAACUACACUAAAAAAUAAUGAAAUAUCCACAUCUGGUAUUCUAGAAGCCUGUGCAAAUGUGUUAAAUGCGUUGGAAUAUUUGCAUUCAAGGGACUAUGCGCAUGCAGAUAUCAAAGCAUCAAAUCUUCUUCAUAGAACGUCGCAACAGGAGGUUUAUUUAGCUGACUUUGGUCUAGUUCACUUAUUUCGUUCAAAAGGUGUACAUACUGCUGAAAAGGCAGAUCCAAAAUUUCGUCACAAUGGAACAAUAGAAUUUUGUUCAAGAGAUGCACAUAAUGGACUUCCACCAUCUCGUAGAGGAGAUUUGGAAAUUUUGGUUUACAAUCUCAUUCAUUGGUUAGCUAGAUCUCAUCCAAAUGCCCCUCAAUUGCAUUCGACAGGUCUUCCUUGGGGACAUCUCAUAUCAGAUCCAAAACUGCGUGCAAAUGUCCCUGAUCGUGUGAAAGUGGCUGUGGCUACCUUAAAAGAGAAAACAAUGAGAAACCCUGCUGAAUUGGUAUCACAAGCUGGUUACGGACCUAAUCCUGAUCUACUAGCAUUUAUUCAAUCUAUCAUAAAGCUGAAUUAUACAGAUACACCAGAUUAUUCUCGUCUACGUCAAUUAUUGUACAAUGCAAAAUGUUCUUUCAGCAAUAAACAAUCUACCGUUGUGCCAAGCUAUAAAUUAACUAUGGAAUCGGAUGAAACAAGUAUCAAAGCUUCGCCUUCACGGCGUAAAUAUAAUGUAGAUAAUUCUUCAAAGAUCAAUGAUUCACGCGCUUUAAAUUCAGUGGAGAAUUUGGAACUUAUUCAUACAAUUCCAAAAACUCCAGAUAGUUUACCAAGUAAACGACCCCGAGGUCGUCCACCCGGUCGUUCCAAACAGUUAGAGAAUAUAUCACCAGCUGUUACUUCUUCGUCUGAAGUAGUAGACUCUCUAAAACACUCUAAAAUAUCUGAGAUUGAUGCGAAACCAAACUCUAAAAGAACUAAUGUGAAAACGUUGAAUUCUCGAUCGAUAUGUUUAAAUUCACCAACUAAAGCAUCUACUCCUGAUGGUGGUGGACUUAUGUCGACGGUAUCCGGUAAUAGAUUUUUGAGUCCUAGUAGUACUAGUUGUAGUAAACAUGGUAAUUCUGCAGUUCAACAACGUGUCCGAACUCGACUUAUUGAUUUGUUUUCAGACAGUGAUAAUGAUGAGUCAUUUGUUAGUCAACAUAACUUGUCUAAAUCUCGUAAAGAUACAUUGAAAUCAGCGCCUAAACUUCAAUCACCGAAGCAAUCAUCACCGUUUGUCAAACAAUCACAACAACAGAAACGUCAACCACUAACAAGUUCUACUUCAAAGCAAUCCCUGCUUAAAUCCCCAGAGUUUACGUCUUUAACCGCUGAUCGUAGACGUUCCGGUUGGUGUCAAACAUCACCAGAACUGUUAGCUGUCGCCAAAGCUGAAGCAUUAGGUCGUAAGGCUUUGAAACUUGCAGAAAUGAAUUUCAAUUGAACCUGUCUCAUAUACAUAUAUACCUGUUUGUGGAUGUAUAUUUAUGUCUUUGGUGUAUCAAUGCAUUUCCUUUGAUCAAAAUGCUGUGGAUAUUUAUGUUUCUUUGUGAAGAUAUUUUUUGUUCGAUGUAUUAUUUUAUUCAUAUCACCAUAUUUUUUCAAUUUGUUGGAAGAGGCUGUGGUAGAUCUUUAUUUUUUUAAAUAUCUGAAAAAGUUUUAUAUAUGAUGCUUCAGUUUUGUCACUUAUUCAUCGAAAAAUACUUUUUCCCCCGUUUCUUUCCACCUUAAUUUGUUUAUUAUAUUAUCGGGAUGUAUGGUUGCCCUAAUAAGGAGACAUUUGAUCAUCAAUAUCUUCGAAGUAUUGAGGUAAAGCUACCGAACGUGUGGUUGUAAGGUACAAAGUUCUUGGCAAGGAAAGCUAUUCAAUCGUUAAUGUCAUGAACCUUCACUACGCUGUUUCAUUUCGUCAAGGGACAAUAGCUAAAUUACUACUAGAAAGUAAUAGCGUCAUGGUUGUGUGGAUCCAAGUGUGACAUCAAUUUACGUUGUCACUGACUGUUGUUUUGAUGCACAUAAGGAAGUGUAAUUUACUUAAGUGGUUGGUUAAAUACCUCCAAGUAACGACGGAUCCGAAACUGGGAUAUCCCUACUAUAUUCUAGAUUUUAUUUUCUUUCUUUAGAUUUGUUUUUACCAUAUGUAUUUUUUCUUUUGUGUUGCAAAUCGUAGCAACUGCCGACAUACUUUGAUAUCAUUAGUUGUUAUAUUCAAUAAAGCGAUAACUAUAUGUUUUAGCUUAAUGAUCAACCUGAAUUUUUCGACAGUUUUGUUGCUAAUGAAUGGUGAAAGAAUAAAUGCGAUUUUAAGUUGGACACAUUUAUUCGUGUGUAAAACAGAUGAAAGAUCCUAAGUGUAUAACUGAAAAAAUGUAUGCGUCU